GUGCGGGGCGCGGGGCGCUCACAGUCCGGGCAGCAGCCGUUGAAGGCCAUCCGGCAGAUGCCGCAGUUCUCGUCGUUGGCCACCCAGAGCCAAGUGGCCACGCCGUUCCAGCACUUAAUCUUCACCCUCAUGGCGGCGGGGCCUGCGGGCGAGGACGAGACCGCUGCGGCCGAGGCUGCGGGGCGGGGGCGCCGAGGGACCCGGGCGCCGCAGAGCUCGGCGCGCACUCGGACCCCUGCAGCGGCCGUCGGAGCCCAAACGAACGGAAGACCCACCCCUUCCCGCAGGGAGUUCACCCGGGAAACAGCCCGAGGGCGGGGUCGCCGGGAGGAAGCCCCGCCCCGCCCGCCCGCCCCGGCGUAUUUAGCCGCGCGCGGCGCCGCCUGCCUACAGUUGCAGCCCCAGCGCCGCGCGGGAAGGUCCGAAACGACCGCGACCGCAGCCGGCACCUCGCCGCGCCUACCGCCCAGCCCCGACCCCAGCGCGCACGCGCCGCGCCCGCAGCCAAUCGCCGGCCGCGCCCGGGACGCCGCGCCGGAAGUGACGGGCCGGCGUGCUGACGCGCGGGCUCGAGCCGAGGCCGAUUCCGCGCCCGCCAUGGCCGACAAAAUGGACAUGUCUCUGGACGACAUCAUUAAGCUGAACCGGAGCCAGCGGGGCGGCCGCGGCGGGGGCCGGGGCCGGGGCCGGGCCGGCUCCCAGGGAGGACGCGGUGGCGGAGCGCAGGCCGCCGCACGAGUGAGCCGGGGCGGCGGGCCCAUCCGGAACCGGGCGGCCCUCGUCCGCGGCGCGGCGGGCGGCGGAGGCAGGAACCGGCCGGCGCCCUACAGCCGGCCGAAGCAGCUUCCCGACAAGUGGCAACACGACCUUUUCGACAGCGGCUUCGGCGGGGGCGCCGGCGUGGAGACGGGGGGGAAGCUGCUGGUGUCCAACCUGGACUUCGGAGUGUCCGACGCGGACAUCCAGGAGCUGUUUGCGGAGUUCGGGACGCUGAAGAAGGCUGCCGUGCACUACGACCGCUCUGGCCGCAGCCUGGGGACCGCCGACGUGCACUUUGAGCGGAAGGCAGACGCCCUGAAAGCCAUGAAGCAGUACAACGGCGUCCCCUUGGAUGGCCGCCCCAUGAACAUCCAGCUGGUCACCUCACAGAUAGACACGCAGCGCAGGCCGGUACAGAGUGUGAACAGAGGCGGGAUGACUAGAACCCGAGGGUCUGGAGGCUUCGGUGGCACUCGGAGAGGCGCCCGUGGAGGCAGCCGGGGCAGAGGCAGGGGCACCGGCCGGAGUUCAAAGCAGCAGAUCUCUGCGGAGGAGCUGGAUGCCCAGCUGGACGCUUACAACGCGAGGAUGGACACCAGCUAAAGCACCAGCAAGUCCGUGCGUGGAACUAGGCCUGGAUGUCGUCUCGCGCUGCUUCCCGAGGGCGGGCUGGCGGGGCCCUGUGGCCAAUGAUGGAGUUGUUUCUUCUGUUUUAAAAUAGGAUUUAAAACUCAUGUAAAGAUUUCUUUUCCUUUUUUUUCUUUUUUUUUAAAAAAUUCUGAAACAGACCUGUUUUGUACCGAGUUAUUUUUGGGAUAAAUUUUACUGGUUGCUGUUGUGGAGGAGGUGGCGUUUUCACCUUUGCCAUAAUAAACAGAAACGUGUGUAGAA